CAAACUUGUCAUUUUCGGUGUCAAAAUUUCGAAUUUGUUAAAUUCUAAAACUCUACAAUGACUUCACGGAAAAAAAGCCGUCAUAGGCCGCCGUUUAUGAACAACAUCUUGGACGAGAUUUUCCACUCGGAUCAACCAGUGUGCCAAAUCAUUCCUACAAGUUGCCCCAAAACCCAAGACCUUUUCACUCAAUACAGACCCCAACCGAAAACAUGCUUAGACUACAAUAUUUCGCAAACGGAUACGAAAAUGGACGCUGGAGACACAAAAAUUCACUACCAACACACAGUAGCCGAGUACAUACCGGGUCUUUCCGAACCCCCGCCUCCACCACCCCCUAAAAAACGCAAGUACUUCAGUGGUGGGCCCCCACAGUGGGAGUUUAUCGAUGAGAUUUGGUCCCAAGAACAGGAGAAAAUGCAACAACACUAUAUUGAAGUUUUCCAAGAGUAUGUGAAACGGACAAGAAAUAAUCACCGAUUUGAGAUGAUGAACAAUCAUCACAAAGCUAUAGCAAUGGUUGGACCUGCCUGGUUUCAGGAACUUUCUCCUUUACAGUUAGCCACAGUUGAUAAUUUAAAAAAAUGCAUUCUGAAAGAUUUAGCUGAUGAUACUAUUAUCAACACCCAAGAAAAUAUUGCCUCUCUUGGUCUAGUUUUACGCCCAAAUCAUAAACACAUAGCGAAAGCUUUGAAACAUUGUUGUAAAUGUCCAGUUGAGUUUCUUCUAAUUUUGUACCAGUUAAUUAACCCCAAAAGAGUGAAGUAUUCUAUUAAUGACCGACUUUUGUUGAGUGCUGUUGUGCAUUUAACCAUGCAAGAAACCUUGAAGGAAUUACACAUCAGAAUACCAUCACCACCAAGACCACCAAAAGAACCAAGCAAAGUAUCAAAAGUAAAAAAGACGCAAAAAUCUAAUUCGCCAUAUCUGGUUCGUUUCAAUUUUGUAAGAGAACCGCCAAAAUUUACAGGAAUUUACUACAACAAGCACAUUCAACGACCUCAAAGUCCUUACUUUUGUUACUUGAAAGAACUUAGAAAAAUGCAACAAGAUACGCGAACACAAUCUGGUCAAGAAGACAGAGAAAUCAAAGAAGAAUUAAUUCUCGCCCAAUCCAUUUACGACAAUUUAGUUGACUUUAAAACAGUACCUAAACUACUGAAACCUUCAAGAUUUACCCCGUGCGUAAAUUUCAGGUAUAAAGAACAAUCAAUGAAAGCUGAAAUGGAAGAACAAGAAGAAGAGGAAAAAGAAGUGGAAGAAGUUCGAGAAAUUCAAGAAGACGCGCCUUGUUACUUAGAAUACGUCCAACCUUGUUGUGAUGCUGAAACAGAAACUGAAGAACUGAAAGGAGGAUGUGGGUGUCCACCUCAGAACACUUGUCCUUGUUCUUUGAAGAAUCAAUUAGAACAAUGCAGUUCGAAAAAAGUAGCAAUUGAAGAAAAUUGUGAAGAUUGCCAUGAAGAAGUCACAGAAACGAAGACUUGUCCUUGUGAAGGACCAAUCAGUGAAAAACCGCGUAUAGAAAGUAGCACCGUUUUUAAUAGUUCUGUCAACACGGAACGUGCUUCAAUUAGAGCUCAGUGCGGGAGUGUGAAACGUAAAAGUGAGAGUGAAGAAUCAGGAGUAAAAAACACGUGCAAACAUGCUGAAGAUUUAGCCCGUUUUGAGUGGUAUUGCGAGUACAAGAAUAGCAAACUUGAAGAUAAAAAAUCGUGUUGUUGCAAGACAAAAUACAGAGAAGUUGUUGAAAAGCCAUUUUGUCAAUGCGAAAAAUGUCAAGAGGAAAGAACAAAAAAAGGCACACUUUUUGCAAUUGGUGGAAUGAAAGAAACAGGACCGGAUAGUGUAAUUCCAAUCAUUGAUGCAGUUCUUGAAGGAAAACCAUGCGACUGCUUGAAGAAAUACGAAGCGAUGAUCGAGCAGUUUGAAAAAGAAAAGAAGAAACCUUGUAGUUGUCGCAAAGAAGCCCAAAAGUUGGUCGAAACGCCUUUUUGUCAAUGUGAGAAGUGUAAAGAAGACCGGAAACAUAAAGCAGAAAAGUUUAUUAUUGGCGGGAUCAAGGAAACGGAGAGUGAAGACAACGUCCGUAUCAUUGAGGGUAUCACAAAUGAGCGACCUUGUUUGUGUUUGCAACAAUUCGACGAAAAAGCAGACAAGUAUGAAGAGUUUCAAGCACGCAAAGAACUAGUGUGUUCGUUGAAACAACAGCAAGACAAAUACAUCAUUGGUGGUGUCGCUAGUACUCCCGAAGGACCAAUGUAUGUAAUUUCGGGGAUGCGGCCUCCUAUUGACUGUGCUUGUGCUCAAAACGCUCGAAAAGAAGAAGAAGAAAAGCGCAUGGCGGCCGUAAUGCCACAUGUACCAGGUGGAAGAAUCCGAUAUGGGAUUACCGGUGUUAAAGAAACUCCUACCGGAAAUGUUUAUAUCCUUGAUAGUGCUUUAGCGACCGAGGAGUGUGAUUGCAUGGCUGUCUACCAGAAAUUUGAAGAAGAACAUUUUCCUUGCAUGAGUGUGUUUGAGAAAUAUUUAGCACACACGAAGGAUGUUUACAAUGAGUUUAUGAAGAAUAUGUUGCCACCAAGCAGUAGACGAUCGAGCAUGGCGAGCUCGGCCUUUCGAGCAAGUGUUGUGGAGGACGUCCAAAAUGUAAACAUCGAAACGGAACAAGAGCCGGUGGAGAAUAUGAAGCAAAGUGAAGAAAUGCCUAAACUGGAAGAAGAAUUUCAACCAUGUGAAAAAGAAGAAAAGCCCAAAAAGGCCCAAAUGGAAGAAAAAUUUGAACCAUGUCAAAAAAAAUCAAAAUUGUGUUCAACUUGUGCUUCUCAGGGUUGUAACUGUGGGAAAAUCGAAUGCAAGGAUUGCACGUGUGGGAAAGUAGUCGAAUGUGUUGACUGCACGUGUGGGCCUGAAGAAAUCGAAGAAGAAGAGGUUGUUGAAGAGGAAGUUGAAGAAGAAGAAAAAGAAUUGAAACGAUUUUUUAUUUUUAAGAAAAUUCUAUGUGAUCGUAAGUGGCAAAGGAAAGUUCUCAAAAAAGCUUUAGAAAGUAUGGCCGAUGAUGGUUACCCUUUAGCUAAGCUCCCAGAAUGCUACAAACUACCCCAUUUCAAACUUUGGAUGCAAAUGAGGUGUGGGAAAUUCUGGACUCAAGACGAUAAAUAUAAAUAUGUCUUCAAGAGCAGAAUACUAUGGAGGCAUUGCGAUGUAUGCAGUGUAAGACGUAAUCCCACUCCAAAAUUGCCAAUUACAAUGGAGGAAGCUCAUGCUAUGAACUGGUCUCAAGCACCUUAUGUCAAAAAAAUGACAAAUGUCGCUCUUGAAAAGUUUUACCGAACUGUGAAACAGCAUAGAGUCAAUUUUGGCCGCGAAUUUUUCCCCACAACCUUCUCCUACGAAUUUCCUUUCACGACAUGGAGAGACUGUUAUUUUGCUUACACUCCUUCUAAAGAAGAGGAUGUUUUAGCACGUUUUGUCUGGCAGAAAUACGAUUAUAAGAAUUAUGCCGACAUGCAAAGGGCUUGUGGAUAAUGAAGCAGAUUUUGGUUUGUCUUUAUUGUUUUAUGUUUGGUAAUAAAUAAAUUAUGUUGAAGUGAA